GUUGGGGGCGUGGGCGCGGCUGGCAGUGUGCAGGGCGUGGGUGCGGCCGGCCUUCACGGCCCGGGCAUGGCCGGCGGCCACAAGGGCCUGGGCGCGAACAGCCUUCAUGGCCUGGGCGUGGACGCCAGCCAGCAAGGUCUGGGCGCGGCCGGCGGGCAGCACGGCCCGGGCGACAUGGCGGGAACUGGUGCGGCAUCGGCAUCCGGUGGUAGCAGACGUGGCAACAAAAAAUCAAGGGAUGAUGAGGGUGAUCAAAUGGCUUGGAAUGAUGAGCAUACCGCACUUGUUUGCAAGUUGUUCGCUGAACAAGUUAGAAAAGGAAAUAGGCCAAACACUCAUUUGAAUAAUGUGGGCUAUACCGAGGUGAAUGAAAGGUUUUUUCAGUGUACCGGUAUUAUGUUGAAAAAAUCUCAACUUAAGAACAAAUGGGACAAGUUGAAGGCUGAUUUAGGUGCUUGGAGAAAAUUGAUGAGGAAACAAACCGGAACCGGUUGGAAUUGGGACAAGGGAACUAUCAACAUGGAUGCCGAGUGGUGGAAAAAAACAAAAAAUGUGAGCACUUCUCAUGCAUCUAAUAUUUUUCUUUAUGGAUACUUUUCGGGAUGA